UAAGUGUGAACGCAGCUGUCUCUAGAGCGUAACCCCAAAAGCUUAAUGGGAGAUUAGUUUGGCUCAUCAUUGAUCGCACCAUGUCCAACAAUGUACGUUUCCUCCGUUCAGACACCCCGUUCCAUUGAGGCGUUCCUGGCGGAGUGAGCUGUGGAACAAUUCCACACUCCUUUAGAUGAUUGCCAAAUUCAAGGCUCAAGUAUUCUCCACCACGAUCAGAUCGUAGAUACUUGAUUGUCUUGCCCAAAUGAUUGUGUACCUCAUUCUGAAAUUCCUUGAACUUUUCAAAGGAUUCAGACUUAUGCCUCAUUAAGUAGACAUAACCAUAUCUACUAAAGUCAUCGGUAAAGGUAAUAAAGUACCCAAAACCACCUCUGGCGGUUGAGCUCAUUGGUCCACAUACAUCAGUAUGUACUAGUGCCAAUAGUUCACUUGCCCUUUCACUUUGACCUAUGAAAGGUGCCUUUGUUAUUUUGCCAAGUAAACAAGAUUCACAUGUCUCAAAUGAUUCAAAACCAAAAGAGUGUAGAAAUCCAUCUCUAUGAAGCUUCUCCAUGUGUUUCUCAUUUAUAUGACUCAAGCGACAAUGCCAAAUAAAAGUGGGAAUCAAAUCAUUAGGACGUUCCUUUUCGCAUUAAUGUUAUAGACUGAACAUCCAUCAAGAUUCACAAUGUAUAAGCUAUUCAUCAUGGGUGCAUGGAAAUAGAAAAUGUCAUUAUAAUAGACUGAACAACCAUUGUCCACUGAUCUAAAACCAUAACCCUCUGCUUGCAAACAAGAAGCAGAGAUAACGUUCUUACACAAAGUGGGAAUACAAUAACAAUUAUUUAACUCCAAAACUAAUCCUGACGGUAAAGAUAAUGGCAUAGUGCCGACAACAAUAGCAGCAACUAUUGCUCCAUUGACCACGCGAAUGUCCACUUCGCUUCUUGCUAAGCUCCACUACAAGAAAUUUGGCCUUCUAUGACAAAUUUCAUCUGACAAAACACAUUUUAGUCACAGUAGUAAUGCGUUUAUGACAAUUUUUCUUUGGAUGACAAGCGUUUGUGACUAACUUGUAAUUUAGUCAUAAACAAAUGUCACCAUGUGCCUUUCCCAUUCUUUGUGACAAUAGUCACAGUCAAAGUUGGCUUCUGAGGGUGGGAUCAUAGUCAAGCAGCAUGUACCCAUACUUACAAGUUGGAAAGGAUACAAGAACGACAAAGUCCAAUUCAAGGACCAAUUGGACAACUUCAUUGGCAAACUAUCUUUAAGACGCUAUUCGGCUAGUUCAAUAUAUGCUAAUUUCAUCAUUUGCUUUUUUAAAUACUAAUGUUAUGCUAUUCAAUGUAUAGGUAAACUUAAGCUUGACUGGUGAAAAGGAGAAUGAUGUAACUUCAGCGUGUGCUGACAUGCUAAUGGUGGAGCACGCUAAGCUCAAGCAGAAAUACUUCGAUGGGGUACCGGCAAAUCAAGUUAGGACUACAUCACCAUGUUCGUCUAUGACUGAUGAACAAUGGAGAAAAUUGGUAGACAUGUGGUCAAACCCAAAACACAAGGAAAAAUGUGCAAAGCUGAAACAGAACCGUGAAAAUGUUAAGUUUCACCAGUGUACUGGAUCUCGGUCUUACAUUGCAGCAGCCUACAUCGCGGUAAGAAUAUAAACCGGUUGUAUGACAGCAUGCAUGUGUUGGAACAUGUUUUCUCUUAUGUGUAUAUUUAAUCUAUGCAUUGCUAAUGUCAUUAUAUGUUUGUGAACAUUCCAGAAGCAAGAAAAAUACAAAGAUACAGAGCUCACUGCAAUUGAUCUAUUCAAGUUGACACAUUGCAGCAAAACUAAGGGUUUUAGUGAUGAUGCCAAGAAAGCUGCAGUAAGUAUCUCUCCUUUUUUUCUUUAGUAGGUUGCAUAAUGAACCGUAUACAUAAAUACAAACCUGACAAAUCAUUGUCUUGCUAGGAUGAUAAGGAAGCCAUUUUGAGAAGACCAGUACAUGAAGGG